CAUGUUACGUUGGUCGUAUAAAUUCUUAGAACCUCACGACAUUAACGCAUCCCUAUUUUUUUCCGAGGAAAAAUGUAUCUUCUUCGCCUACAGUCUUUCUCCAGGAUCGCUUUGAAUUCCUUUCUCUCUACCGUGCCACGGAAAGAUUGUCAAUUUAUGAUACAGUUUAAUAAAAACUGGUCGUGUGUCGGCUGAUUUAUUUUAGCUCAUAUUCUCAUAUUUCUGCACGAAAAUGCCAAGAUCCAAGAAGAUGAGUUCCAGGGUGGGGCCUCAUGGAGCUGUGCAACCUUUCAGCGAUGAGGAUGCCUCCAUCGAGACCCUCAGCCACUGCAGCAGCUUCAGUGAUGCCAUGAGUGUGGCAGACGAAGGAGGGGAAGCAGAUGAGGAGACAGCCCAGGAGGAUUUCCAGUACAAGCUGAAUGUUUUCAUUGACCGCACUGUGGAUAAGAGUGCCAAGACCAGACAAGGAGCUCUUGAUGGGCUGAAGGCUGCCAUGGCAACGAGGAUCCUGUACGAGUUCAUUUCAGACAGGAGGAUGACCAUCACCGACAGCAUUGAGCGCUGUCUCAAGAAAGGUAAAGGACAGGAGCAGUGUGCAGCAGCCUCCCUGGCCUGUCUGCUGUGUAUUCAGCUGGGCUCAGGUGUUGAGAGCGAGGAGGUGUUCAAGACCCUCAAACCCAUUUUCAAGAACAUUCUGUUGGAUGGAGCGGCCAACAUCCAAACCAGACAAGCGUGCGCAAUAAGUUUCGGCCUGUGCACUCUCGUGGUGGAAGAUGACAUCCUGGAUGUGUAUGCCACCAUGGAGAGCUUUGAGAGUUUGUUCAUGCGUUCCUAUGUGAAGGAGGAUGGGAGUCGCCCCACUCUCAACCCCCAGACCACCCUGCUCCACACCAAUGCCCUCCUCUCCUGGGCCCUGCUGCUCACAAUCUGCACAGGCAGCCAGGUCAAAGCAGUCACACGCAAGCACCUGCCCAAACUACCCUGGUUGUUGGAGAAUGAUGAUGUCAACAUUAGGAUAGCAGCGGGAGAGACCAUCGCUCUGCUGUUUGAGCUGGCUAGGGAUAUGGACCCUGCGUUUGAGUAUGAUGACUGGGAGCCCCUGUGUGACAAGCUGAACUCUCUGGCCACCGACUGCAACAAACACCGUGCCAAGACUGAGAAGAGGAAGCAGAGGUCUGUGUUCAGGGACGUGCUCAAGGCUGUGGAGGAGAGGGACUUUCAGACUGAGACAAUUCGUUUCAGCACUGAGCGUAUGACCAUUGACAGCUGGGUGAGGAAGAGGACAUACGAUGCCUUCAGGGAGUUUGUGGGCUCUGGUAUGAAUUACCACCUACAGGCCAAUGAGUUUAUUCGUGGUGUGUUUGAACUUGGACCCCCUGUGCUGGUUGACACGGCCACACUGAAGUCCAUGAAAAUCUCCCGCUUCGAAAGGCAUCUCCACAACGCAGCUGCAUUCAAGGCUCGGACAAAGGCCAGGAACAAGUUCAGAGACAAGAGGGUUGACGUCGGGGAGUUUUAAUGGGUCCGACCUGCUCUUUAAAAAAAAAAAUAACAAUCUUGAAAAUCACUGUUACUAUCCUUAAUUUAUCCAAUGGUCAAGUGGUUGGUAUUUGUAAAUAUGAGUAAUCAUGUCUGUCUCAAGUGAUGCCUUAAUUCCCCAUAUGAACUUGCCAGUGCACCAAUUUCAGCCAGAGUGUCUAUGUAGGGAAUAAAGUGUCAUGUGAGAUGUA